AUUUUGGACCGGUUUUCAUAGCGCCAACAGUCAAGAUGGCGAUCUAUGAUAACAUGAAAUUGCAUACAACAAACGAUAAAUUCUUUAUUGAACCGAUUGACUCUUCCUUGUCAAACGAAUUGCUUGUAAUUGAUCGCGUUACACAGGAGAUAAGUGUUGACAGUGAGCGUUAAUACACUAUUUUCUUAAAAUAGGAGCAAAUUUAAACAAUAUUUCUGAUAUAUUUCUUUGUAGAAAACCAGGGACAAAUACCGAAUGUUGCUGAGACUCGAGUUAUCUUCGGCAUCUUUGGAAUAAUUAAGUUACUGGCAGGAAAUUACUUAAUUGUUAUCACUGAUCGGACGCUGGUAGGCGAAAUCAAUGGAAAGAAAAUAUGGAAAGUCGCGUCCACACAGCUGAUAUCCUAUAAACGAACUACUUUACAUAUGACGGAAGACCAAAUUCACCACAACCGAAUGUAUAUCUCGUUAGCAGAACAUGCACUGGGAAUUGAGUCAUACUAUUUCUCAUAUGAUUAUGAUUUAACACAUACUUUACAAAGACUAGAUAAUACAUCUCCGGACUUUGUAUCUAUGUGCUUGGCCGAAAGAGCCGAUGCUCGUUUCGUAUGGAAUCAACACCUUCUAAAAGAUUUUCAUAGAGAUGAUUUAAGCAAAUUUUCAUUACCUCUUAUGCUGGGUUUUGUAGUAAUUAAGCAAGUUGUUAUUAAAAAUCAUUGUUUCAGCUAUGCGUUAAUAUCAAGACGAAGUUGCCACAGAGCUGGUACUAGAUAUUACAUGAGAGGCUUAGAUGUUGAUGGUAAUUCUGCUAACUACGUUGAAACUGAACAAUUAAUUGAAUGUGAGGGAUAUAGGGCUUCUUUUGUUCAAACUCGUGGAUCUAUACCUUUAGUUUGGUCUCAAAGACCUAACUUGAAAUAUAAACCAACACCACAAAUUAGUCAGAGUCAGAAUCAUUCCAAUGCCUUCCAAAAACACUUUGCAACACAAUUAUUCAGCUAUGGUAAACAAGUAUUGAUUAAUUUGAUUGAUCACAAAGGAGCCGAAAAGGAAUUGGAGAAUUCGUUCAGACAAUUGACAAACAGCUCUAAGAAUCCAGACAUCCGCUACGAGGCCUUUGACUUUCAUCAGGAAUGUAGUAAGAUGAGGUGGCACCGUUUAUCUAUUUUGCUCGAUAGGUUAGAAGAAGAGAGAAAAAUGUUUAAAUUCUUUGCUCACGAUAAAGACGGCCGUACUGUUAUCGUUCAGGAUGGAGUUUUUAGGACUAACUGCAUAGAUUGUUUAGAUAGGACAAACGUUGUUCAAAGUUUACUGGCGAGAAGGACCCUGCAGGACCAACUAGUAAAAUUCAACAUUCUACAAGAAGGCGAACGUGUAGAGGAUCAAUUGGCGUUUGAGACUGUUUUCAAAAACGUUUGGGCUGAUAACGCGGAUGCCUGCGCCAAGCAGUACGCCGGAACGGGAGCUCUGAAAACUGAUUUCACUCGGACUGGAAAGAGAACAAAAAUGGGCUUAAUGAAGGAUGGUGUCAACUCAGCAAUUAGAUAUGUUAAGAACAAUUUUUACGAUGGUUUCAGGCAGGAUGCAGUGGAUUUGAUUUUAGGAAAUCAUCAGGUGGACGAAGGAGAAUGUGCAACAACCAUUUGCCCGUUGCAGGAAAAGAGAGAUAUUAAAUUUUAUAUUUUACCUGCAAUAUUUUGCGUAGCUUUUUCUAUGUUACUUGUUAGCUUUUUGGUUGGAAGUGACCACUCGGGAGAGCAUGCGCUAUAUUUAGCUUUUUGGAUUAUGGCAACUGCUGUUACGGGUGGUUUAAUCUAUUAUUAUGGAACCGAAUUUGUUGAUAAGCCAAAACUGGUGCAAACUAAGAAUAAGCUUGAUUAAAGAUCCUUAUUGUUUUGUUUGUUUCAACUUUUAGGAGGCCUAGGUUAAAAAUAAUGAAAUAUUGAAUAUCGUUGUUUCAUAUAAUUGUCAUGAAUAAUAAUUCAUCUAAUAACACAUAGGUGUGUUGUAAUUCAAAUUAAAGCAAUGAAUACACUUUAUAAUAGAAACUUUAUUCUAAAUAAAAAAAA